AUGAGAUCAGGUGGUGGCGGUGGCGGUGGUGGCAUUAGCAGCGGUGGUGGCGGCGGCGGUGGUGGUGGUAGACCAACCGUUGGAGGUGGUCCCUCUGGAUUCGGUGAUAUCUUUGCAGGCGGUAUGCCAAAGCUCAAGAGUAGAGGAGGUAUCGACACUGGAAAGGGUGGUGAUUCAUCACCCGCACCAGCUGCUUCUCCAAAGACAAACACUGUCAACGCUGUCGGUCAUGCUGUGGCUCUCAAGCCAUCCACUGGUGUUCUUAGGACAGCACCACCAAAGUCCACUACACCAGUUGUUGCCAAGACCUCUGCCCCAAGCCCAGCAGUAGCCAAGAGCUCUGCUGCACCAUGGUCAAAGCCAUCUGCAAACGUCAAGAAGCCAUCUGCACCAAUUGAGCCAGUUAAACAAGCACCCACUCCUACUCCAGCUCCAUCCGUGGUACUCAAGCCAGUCACCAAGGUGUCAACUCCAGCACCAGCUCCAGUCCCUUACCAAGCACCAGAGCCAGUCUUCGUUCCAACUCCAGAGCCAGUCAGAUCUCCAGAGCCAGAGCCAAUCAGAACUCCAGAGCCAGAGCCCGUCAGAACUCCAGAGCCAGAGCCAGUUAGAGCCCAGCCACAACUGGUCAAGCAGAACAGUGUCGUCAGUGUCGAGAGCAAUAUUACACCAAGUGGUCGUCCUUCAAACUUUGGAUCAACUCCAAACACCACCACCAACAACACAUUCAAAGCACAACCUGCUCCAGUCACAACAAAGUCUGUUGGAGGUUUCGGAAAGACUCAGGUCAACUGGGUCAACCCAGGCACUACUCCUGCCCCAGUCACUGUGGGAAGAGUCCAAACUGCAGUUCACACAUCCACCACGACAUCGGCACCAGUCACAAAGCAGCCACCAGUCGUCACAAAGCAACCAUCGGCAACUUCAUUGACCUCAUCAUUCAACAACAAGCCAACUCCAGUUGUCACCAAGCAGCCAUCAUUCACCUCCUCCACAUCCCCAGUGGUCAAGCCUGUUGCACCAGUCGAGCCAGAGGUUGUCAAGCCCAAGUAUACUCCAACCCCAGCUCCAGUUGUCAAGCCAACCUCCACAUUCAAGGCUGCACCAGUGCUCAAGUCCGCCCCAGUUCUCAAGUCGGCACCGGUUAUCAAGCCAGCAUCUGCACCAGCACCAGCUCCAGCACUUGUUGUCAUUCCAGAGCCAGAGCCCGAGUACGAGCCAGAGAUUGUCUCUGUUCCAGUCCUUGAGCCUGAGCCAGAGCCCAUUCCUUCGUAUGAGCCAACUCCAACUUACGAGUCCACAACCCCAACCUAUGAGCCAACUCCAACCUAUGAGCCAGAGCCAGAGCCAGAGCCCAUCCAAACCUAUGAGCCCACUCCUUACGUUCCACCAUACCAGGAGCCUGCAGCAUUCAGCAAGCCAUCCUCCACCAAAAACACUACCUCCUUCAACAACAAAACAACAACAGCAGCAUCGACCAAAUCAUACGACCCAACUCCAGUCGUUCCACCUCAGCACAAUGCUCUAUCUUGUCACCGUUGCAAGCAGCACAUUGAAGGAAGCCACUACAAGGCAAUGGACAGAGCAUGGCACGUUGAGCACUUUACCUGUAACGAUUGUAACUCUCAAAUUCAGAGCUACGUUGUUCACGACGAUCAGCCAUACUGUGAGCAGUGCUACGAGCGCAGAUUCGUUGACCACAAGAUCUGUGCAGGCUGCGACCAGGCUAUCCUUGGCACAGUCGUUUCAGCACUCAGCAACUCAUUCCAUGCCGAAUGUUUCAAGUGUAACUCUUGUGGAACAUCGUUCCCAGACAAUGAGUUCUACCAAUACGAGGGCAAGCCAUGGUGCCACGGAUGUGUCCAGCGCGCCACCGCUCCAAAGGUGGAGGUGUGCAAUGGCUGCCAACAGCAGAUCGUUUCUAGAGGUGAGGGAGUCAUUAAGGUUCUUGGCCAGAGAUAUCACAACAACAACCGUUGUUUCUCUUGCAAGGGAUGUUACUCACCAUUCCCCAACCUUAACUUCUACGAGGUCAAAGGCUGUGCCUAUUGCUAUGACUGUGCUCUUGCACUCCACUCAUCUCAGUAG